GCCCAAGAACGGCUAUAUAUGGCCAUGUUUGAGACACUUAAUAAACACAACAAUUAAGAAACUUAUCAUUUAAUUGCAGCUUUGAAAUGGCUCCCAUUUUUGAUGAUGAUAACUCACUCUUCAACUUUGUUGUAAAAGAAGGCAAUGGUAUCAAAGGUCUGGUUGACUUGGGCCUUACCGAGGUACCGGGUCGUUACAUCCAGCCACCACACCGCCGAAUCAACAAGCAAGAGGUUGCUGGUUCACGUGAAAUUGUGACCAUCGAUCUAUCUGAGCUUGAUGGUCCCAACCAUGAACAAGUGGUGAAGGCCAUUGUCCAUGCAUCUGAAACUCUAGGGUUCUUCCAGGUGGUUAACCAUGGUGUGCCGUUGGAAGUGCUGGACUCACUUAAAGUUACAGCGCACCAGUUUUUCGGUCAACCAGCUGAAAAGAAGGCUGUGUAUCUCAAGGAGGUUAGCCCUAGUCCGCUGGUCAAGUAUGGUACUAGUUUUGUUCCUGAGAAUGAAAAAAGUUUGGAGUGGAAAGACUAUCUUAGCAUGAUGUAUACCAAUGAUGCGGAUGCUCGUCAGUCUUGGCCUAAUGACUGCAAGGAGGUGCUGCUCGAGUAUAUAAAUACGUCAACGGAGAUGGUGCAAAAGCUACUACAAUUGCUAAUCGGGAACCUUGGGGUAAAACUAGACGACUCAAGACUCCAUGAGCUUAUGGGUUUUAAUCUGGUGAACAUGAACUUCUACCCACCCUGUCCGAACCCAGACCUAACCAUAGGCUUGGGGAGUCACUCGAAUGUAAGUAUGCUAAUAGUGCUUCUACAAGAUGGCAUUGGUGGAUUAUACGUGAAAAAAGGUGAUCAAAAUGCAUCGGUGGGAAAUGAAGUGUGGGUUGAGAUUCCACCCAUGAAUGGUGCUUUGGUCAUUAAUGUUGGUGAUUCACUACAGAUUUUAAGCAAUGGGAGGUACAUAAGUGCAGAACACAGAGUGCGAACCUCAGAUGUCGAGUCAAGAGUGUCAGUCCCAAGAUUCAUCGCACCAUUGCUCACAACAAAAAUUGGACCGUUUCCUGAGCUGGUGGCUUGUGACGGGGUGGCUCGAUAUAAGGAAGUCAUAUAUGGAGAGUACUUGAAAAACUUAUUUGAGAAGUCUCUUGAUGGAAAGAAGUCUCUUGAUUUUGCAUCUAUUUGAUUAACACGAAACCCUUUGAGACCAAGUUAUAUUCCCUCAUAAAGACUUUCUUAUGUUUAAUUAAAGACUUCUUUGUAAUAAUAAGCAAGCCUACAAAUAAUUGGAGCCGUUCAAAAAACAAGUAGUUGGAAGUUCUACAAACUCUUCCAUAUUCUUCUCAUUUUAAACAGUUUAUGAAAGUGAAGGUUUUCAAAUG